UCUGUUUUUCUAGAAAGGAAGUUAGUUGCUCUGUUUAGAUCUGCUAGAUAAUGGGGUGACAUUUUUAAGUAUUUAUUUCCAUAAAGUGUAAUUAAUCUAUUGGUAUUAAUGGAAAUUAGAAAUGUGCUUAAAAUCAGUUAGGAUAUUACUUUGCUUAUUUCAUUAGGCACCAUUAUGUAUAGUAAGAAAAAUGCUGAGUACAGUAGAACAGUAGAUGAUAAUUCUUACAUGUUUUUUUAGGCAAUUUGAAUUUUUGAAAUCAAAAUGUGUUCCACCAAGUUGUCAACUUAUAAUCUCUCAUCUCAUAACUUUCCCAUCCCAGUUGCUAUGAACAAUAGGCUUAAAAUGACAUACCAUUUUCAAAUAUGAGCGUAGGUGUGAAAUAAAGUAUAUUUCAAAUACUGUUUAUUUUGUUAAAUAUAACACAAGGUAAGGCAAAGUAUGACAGUGUUACAGACGUUGCAUUAAAUCCUGAUUAUUUACUGUUGCAAAUUGGGGAAUAACAAAAAAAGGUGCGUAAGCGUAGUGAUUUAAGGAAUACCAACAAUUGAGAGUUCGACUACAGCAUAAUAUUGCUGAUUACCGAAAUGUGUCGUGGUAUGCUAAUGACUAAAUUCAUGUAACAGAUUUUAUUAUAUUUGAACACACCGUGCUUAAUAUAACCUUAUGUAAUAAAACAUCCUGGAAACAACCGAACGGGAAGCAUACAUAUGUUUUUCUUUUUGUGUUGGUGAUCGCACUGCAGAUGACCAUGAUUAUUUCCAAUGAAUCACGUGCUGAAUGUUUGUGGCGUUCAAGAGGAGUAAUGAGUAUUGUUUUGCGUGGUCAUAAAUGAAGCAUAUUUAACUCCAUUCACUGGCUUUAAGAGUGAUAUCUUUGAUUGAAUAUAUAUUUUCAUGCAAGUCCAUUCCUUCAAGCACGAGAAAUGUGUUUAUGAGAAUAUCUGGAAGAACAGCGACAUUUUGUAGUGUUAAUAAAAAAAUGAGAGAUAGAUCAUAUUCUAGUUCUGGUGAAGAGGAGCCUUUAAUUCGAAAUCAAAAUAAAAUUAUUUCGUAUGGUGCACAAGAAAACUGUCCAUCAGGGGGUUCAACAUCUAUAAAUGCUGAUCCAGUGAUCUUGGCCAGUAGUGAAUCCCAGCUGCCAAAGGGAAAAUAUGUCUUAGAGACUGUUGAACAUGGCUCCCUUAAUGUAAUCUCAGCAAAAUUUGAGAGCCUGGAUUAUGACAUUUGUGAGAAUCAUCUCCUGCUGGAAGAGGAACGAACGAAAGGAUAUAAAUUUAUUGUAAAGAAGAAUUUUGCAAGAUGGUUCAUAUUCUUGUUGAUCGGAAUGCUGACAGCUUUAAUCGCAUGUGUCAUCGAUAUAACCAUCGAGGAACUGUCACAUAUUAAAUACAAGAGUCUCAAGAAUUAUGUGGAUCGAUGCAUUAGUGAAAACUGUUUAUAUAUACCAUAUUUGAUCUGGGUCAUCUCCAACAUGAUUCCUGUUGCCAUUGGUUCCCUUUUGGUGGCGUAUGUAGAGCCGAUUGCCGCAGGAAGUGGCAUUCCCCAAGUAAAAUGUUACCUAAAUGGAGUAAAGAUGCCGCGUGUAGUUCGGAUCAAGACUCUCGUUGUGAAGGUGAUCGGGGUUAUCUCUUCUGUUGUUGGUGGGCUUGCUGUUGGAAAGGAAGGCCCAAUGAUCCAUUCGGGAGCUGUUGUUGCAGCUGGCAUCUCACAAGGGAAAAGCAGUACAUUUCGCCGAGACUUGAGGAUCUUUAAGUAUUUUCGUGAAGACCACGAGAAACGAGAUUUUGUGUCAGGUGGAGCUGCAGCUGGAGUUGCAGCUGCAUUUGGGGCCCCAGUGGGUGGUGUCCUGUUUAGUUUGGAGGAAGGAGCAAGUUUCUGGAACCAGAGCCUGACUUGGAGAAUCUUCUUUGCAUCAAUAAUCUCUACGUUUACCCUGAAUGUAGUGUUAAGCUCCUACCAUGGCCAUCCAGGGGACCUCUCGUAUGCUGGACUUCUAAACUUUGGAAAAUUUGAGAAUAUCUCGUAUGAUUUCUUUGAGCUACCCAUAUUUGUGAUAAUGGGUGCAAUUGGGGGACUUUUAGGCUCCCUUUUCAACCACAUCAACUACAAACUUACAGUAUUCAGGAUGAGAAAUAUCCAUGCUCGAUGGAUGAAAGUGAUGGAAGCUGUGAUGGUUGCGGCAUUUUCGGCAACGCUUGGCUUUGGGAUGAUGUAUUUCCUCAAUGACUGCAAACCGCUAGGACAGGAUCCAACCAGUAAUCCCAUUCAGAUGUAUUGUGGCGAUGGAGAGUACAAUGCAGUUGCCGCCAUAUGGUUCCAAACUCCAGAGGCCAGUGUACGAUCAUUGUUCCAUGACCCUCCUGGCUCGCAUAAAGCAGUGUCUGUUGUCGUGUUCUUCAUUUUCUACUUCCUGCUGUCGUGCUGGACUUAUGGACUCAGCGUGUCCAGCGGACUGUUUAUUCCUUCUCUCUUGACCGGUGCUGCUUGGGGGCGAUUGGUUGGCAGUGGGAUGGCGAGCAUUUUGCCCAGUUCCGGGUGGGUUGACCCUGGCAAGUAUGCGCUUGUGGGAGCAGCUGCACAGCUUGGAGGCGUGGUACGAAUGACCAUUAGUUUGACUGUCAUCCUUAUUGAAGCAACUGGUAACAUUACCUUUGGCCUCCCGCUCAUGCUGACUCUUAUAAUGGCCAAAUGGACUGGCGACUUCUUCAAUGAGGGUAUCUAUGACAUCCACAUUCAGCUUAGCGGAGUUCCCCUGUUACCGUGGGAACCACCCCCAUUGUCAUAUAAUAUGUAUGCCAGCGAAGUAAUGAGCCAUCCUGUGGUGACAUUGAACACGGUUGAAUCUGUCAGGCGCAUCGUUCAUGUGUUGAAGUCUGAGACUUUUAAUGGCUUCCCAGUUGUGGAUCCUCAGGGUGAUGUGAAGAUGUGCCAAACAUUUAGAGGAAUGAUUUUAAGGUCUCAGCUCAUAGUGUUGUUGAAAAAUAAAAUCUUCAAUGAAUCUGCUGAAAUUUGGAAUUGCAAACAACCUUCAAUCAAGAUGUUUAGAGAUGAAUAUCCUCGCUACCUCACUAUCCAGGAAGUAGAUGUUACGGAAGAGGAGAUGAAGUUUACAGUAGAUCUCCGGCCGUUUAUGAAUCCAUCACCAUAUACAGUUCAGCAUUCAGCCUCUUUGCCACGUGUGUUCCGUCUCUUUAGGGCCCUGGGAUUGAGACAUCUUGCAGUUGUUAAUGACACAAAUGAGGUGACUGGCAUUGUAACAAGGAAGGAUCUAGCAAGGUACCGUGUGUGGCGACACAGAGGAAGAAUGGGCUUAGAGCAUUUGGCAAUCUCAGAGAAGAUAUAACUUCCUGGAUGAAUCUGGUUUGUUGAGUGUGCAUUUAGUGCUGAAGUUAAGAAUGAAUGGAUAUGUGCGUCUACUCCCACAUACAUCUUCGUGGUUUGGUGCUUAAGCACAGUGUUGAGAUUUGCAUAAUGAAAUAAUUCUGCUUUGUAUCCAGGGGAAACAAUUGAAGUUGGUCAUACGAAGUGAAUUGGUCAUUGUACCAUGAAAGGAAGCUGUGAGGUCCUGCUUGCCAUGCACAAGACAGAGUUUAAGCAUAAGUACUUGUAGUUCUUUCUGACCUGUUACUUUUUAAUGCCAAGUGUUAAAGACAUUUGUAUUUAAUUUGUAUAUACUGUAGUGCUAAUUAAUAAAUGCAUUGAAACACACAA